AAUCGGACGCACGCAAACGCCACCGACCGAUCGAGCAAAACACGAACAGCUGAAACCUUUGGCCCUUAAAACCCCAAACCCGCGGAUCAUUCGCUGCCCAUUCCCCGUCCGGUGCGUGUGUGCUGUUCGUGUCUACAUGAGAGUGUUUUGUUUGGGUGCUGGUCCGUUCAAUGUUGCAGCACAUACGAAGUCACCGCAGUUUCCUGCGACCGUUGGGCCUGCUGGAACUGCCGAAAGAUGGGUUGAUGGGUAAAGUCGAACGUAGCGUUGCGGUCAGCGGCAGUGAGAACGUGCACCCGUUCGCCAAAAUGCCAGGCCCUCGACGACUUCCGCUUCUCGGUAUGCUGAACGAUAUCAUGCACCUGGGGAAACCAGCUGAGCUGCAUCUGCGCAUAUCGCAGUAUCACGAGCUGUACGGUGACCUGGUCCGGAUGCAGCUCGGCCCGCAGAACGCGGUGUUCGUCCGCGAUCCGUCCCUAAUGCGUAAAACAUUCCAGCACGAGGGUGCGUACCCGCGCCAUCCGCUCCCGGACUCGUGGACAUACUUCAACAAGAAGUACAACUACCAACGUGGGUUGUUUUUCAUGGACGGCAAGGAAUGGUUGCAGGCGAGGCAAAUUUUUAACAAGCCCAUGCUGCGGGAGUUCAGCUGGAUGGAGGAACCGAUCCGCAUUACCUGCGCGGCCACGAUCGCACAAAUCGGUCCGAACUGUGACGAUAAGCACGUGCUCAAGGGCAUUGAAGAGUUCCUGUACCGAUGGUCGGUGGAAGUUGUGUUAAGCGUAAUGCUGGGGACAUCCUUUCGCGAAUGUCAACGGUCGGCCGAGUUUCGGGAGCUGGUGCAACAAUUCUCGUCCGUAGUGUACGACAUCUUCCGCUGCAGCUCGGAGCUGAUGAACAUUCCACCGGCCAUCGCCGACCGGCUCAACGUGCAACCGUGGCAACAGUUUGAAAAGGUGGUGCCCGAAACGAUACGCCUUGCAACUGCCAUCAUAGAAUUCGGGAUAGCCAACUCCCAGUCGAGGGACGGUUUGCUGGAGCUGAUGGUGGAGAAGCUCGACAAACCGUUGAUGAUGCGCAUCUUUGUUGACUUCAUUAUCGCUGCUGGUGAUACGACUGCCUUCGCCACCGUAUGGGCACUUUACUUGCUAGCCAAAAAUCCGACCCUGCAAGAAUCGGUCCGAGAGAGUGUGCUCGAGUCGAACACGCUCGAAUGUGCCGCGGUAAAGGGUGUCGUACGCGAAACGUUGCGUCUGUAUCCGGUCGCACCGUUUAUUGGGCGAUUCAUCGAACAUGAAUGUAUCUUUGGCGAGUACCAACUACCGAAGGAUGUGAGUAAGCGUUCACCGCUGGAUAGGAUGUCGCGUGUGAGGUACAUUUCCGUUCUUUCCAUGCAGACGCUGGUGUUGCUAUCGCUGUACAGUGCCGGCCGGGAUGAACGAUUCUUCGCCCAGCCGGAGCAGUUCAAUCCGUACCGAUGGCAAAGAAUCAGUGCAGGCAAUGACGCCGCCACACCAGGCAACCGAGCUGGCAACACACCAUCCGCUUCAUUGCCGUUUGCAAUCGGUGCCCGAUCAUGCAUCGGACAGAAAAUUGCACAGCUCCAAAUGCAUUAUCUAAUCUCGUUGAUCCUAACGAACUUUGAAGUUGGUCUGGCGGGAAAGGAGCAGCAGGAGUCAAUUAAACCGAUUCUGAAGAUGAUUACGGUACCUAAUAUGCCUGUGAAGUUAAGCUUUCAAACGAUUCCAACUAGCUCUAGCUAAGAUAUCCGGCUGCGUGUCUGAGAUGAUGAAGACGGUUCGGAUAAUCGGGGACUGCAAGCAAUGAUGAAGUGCGUGAUAUCGUUUUACCCUCCAACACCAAUACCUCAAUGGAUAUACCUCACAGAAUCCCAUGUUAGCUAGGCUGCUUUUGACAUUUGUUGAGUUUUUUUUAAAUAUUGUUAAUUAUGUAAGAUACAGCUUUUAAAGUCUUCCAAAUUAUAACAAGAUUAUUUCGUUUCAGAAACCCGUCCGAUCGGGUUUCAGUUUGGGUCAGUGCUCAGUGAUGAUGUCUUUAAAUCAUUCUCAACUACGGGUACGGGUACGUUGCAUCUCGCACGUUUAUCGCAAAAUAAAUAAGAUUUCACCAAGAGCACAAGCGAGAUAGGUUUCACCGGGGAUGGUUCAGCUUGAUAACUGCUGCUGCUUGCUACUGCUGUACCGUGCCAGACUCCGCACUCUGGUGAACAUUUUUCAUCUCGCGCUUAAAGUCCUUAAGACAAUAAAAUAAAAAAACAAUAAAUACAUAUCCAAGCUUCAGCAGGAAGCAGUCUCGCAAA